CCAGACACGUUUUUAGUGACUGGGGUUUGGAAUACUGCCCGAGUUUGGGCUUUAUAAGAUUUGUUUUAAGUAAGCAAGAUGCCUCCUAGGGGAGUAAGAACACUUAAAAGUGAAAGCGAGUUUAGUCCUUAAUCAGAGUUUUUGUAGGGGGGAAAGUGCCCCUAAAACUUGGGCCGCCUAUAUGAUUCUAUGAAACCCAAUCAAAUAGUAAUCCCGAAGGCUUAGCAGAAUGUGAAGAGGCUAUAGACUUUUGCUGAAUCCAGAAGGCCUCGAACCCCAAAGGGUCAGUUGCAGACACCCAUGGAACUACCAGACACAAGUGCCGGUCAUUAGUAUGGCUUUAUUGUCUCGGCCCCGGCAGUGAGAUGAUAAUGAGCUUGAGCCGUGGCAGGCUUUGUCAGUGAUUUGUGAACACCCUUCGCUGGAAGGGCUAUUGGCUUUCUAGGAAAGAGCUCUGCAGGAGCAACUCUCCCCAAGAAGUCUCUUGUAAGAAAACGAAGUCUAGUGUAUUAACAACUUUGUCCCUUGGUAAAAAUCCUACUCUUCCGAGGGGCCUCCUGCGAGUUUUGGAUUUUGGUGUAUACUUCUGACUCAGAAUGAAAACAUUUUCGUCUAAAAUUAGAUUUGGCAGCAUGGAAAAUUUCAUAAAACGAGUUUGCAUCCAGAUCUUCCACCAACUUUCCAACGGACCCUCUACCCCUCGCCGAAUAUUUGCAAGAACACAAAGAAUACUUUCCGCCGAAAGCAUUCACGUGGAUCUGGAAAGAAACCGGCAAGCCUGCUUACUCCAGAGGUAAAGGAAGCAAGUUAAAGCUGCAAAAGUGUGCGUGACAGAACCAUGUCUGUUCGGGAGUCCUUUAACCCAGAAAGUUACGAAUUGGACAAGAGUUUUCGGCUAACCCGCUUCACGGAGCUGAAGGGCACGGGCUGCAAGGUACCCCAGGACGUAUUGCAGAAAUUGCUGGAGGCACUGCAGGAGAAUCACUUCCAGGAAGAUGAACAGUUUUUGGGGGCAGUUAUGCCCAGACUGGGCAUUGGGAUGGACACCUGUGUUAUUCCUUUGAGGCACGGAGGUCUCUCUUUGGUGCAGACCACAGAUUACAUAUAUCCCAUUGUGGACGACCCUUACAUGAUGGGCCGGAUAGCCUGUGCCAAUGUCCUAAGUGACCUUUAUGCCAUGGGGGUUACCGAAUGCGAUAACAUGCUCAUGCUCCUUGGAAUCAGUAACAAGAUGACAGACAGGGAAAGGGAUAAAGUGAUGCCCUUGAUUAUCCAGGGUUUUAAAGAUGCAGCUGAAGAGGCCGGGACGUCGGUGACCGGUGGGCAGACGGUGCUGAAUCCGUGGAUCGUCCUGGGAGGGGUGGCCACUACAGUCUGCCAGCCCAACGAAUUCAUCAUGCCAGACAAUGCAGUUCCGGGAGAUGUGCUCGUGCUAACUAAACCCCUGGGAACCCAAGUGGCGGUAGCGGUGCACCAGUGGUUGGACAUUCCUGAGAAAUGGAAUAAAAUCAAACUGGUGGUUACUCAGGAAGAUGUGGAGUUGGCAUAUCAAGAAGCAAUGAUGAAUAUGGCAAGACUCAACCGAACAGCGGCUGGACUCAUGCACACAUUUAAUGCCCACGCGGCCACGGACAUUACGGGGUUUGGAAUCUUAGGCCACGCGCAGAACCUGGCCAAGCAGCAGAGGAACGAAGUGUCUUUUGUAAUCCACAACCUGCCCGUGCUGGCCAAGAUGGCUGCCGUCAGCAAGGCCUGUGGAAAUAUGUUCGGCCUUAUGCAUGGGACCUGCCCAGAGACGUCAGGAGGCCUUCUAAUCUGCCUACCCCGUGAGCAGGCGGCCCGCUUCUGUGCAGAGAUCAAGUCCCCCAAGUACGGCGAAGGCCACCAAGCAUGGAUUAUUGGGAUUGUAGAGAAAGGCAACCGUACAGCAAGGAUCAUAGACAAGCCCCGGAUCAUCGAAGUCGCACCGCAAGUAGCCACCCAGAACGUGAACCCCACGCCCGGGGCCACCUCCUAAUCCAGACCGACACUGCUGGGCCGUUUCUGUUUUUUAAAUCGGUUUAUUCCUUUGUCGCCAUUACAAUUAAAGACUGUAAACCCAGAUCUUGUGUCUCCGCCCCUGGUGGCCUUGGGCCAGCCGGUGAGCGGAUGCGAUUAGUAAAAGAAAAUCCAUUGCCUUUUUUUCCUGUUACAUUAACUGAAGAUGCACCUAAUCUUGAGGCAGCUUCUGAGUUGAGAAUGAUAUUGUUAUCCAAUACUGUUGAUUCAUUUUGAAUCUUUAGACACUUAUCUCUCGCCGCAUAGGCUCUUUUUAAAGGUGCUUUCACGUAGCACAGACAUUACCAGUAGUGUGUCAAAUAGCUGUUGGUGUCUUUUCAUUCUGUGUAUAUUUAUCAUGGUAAGUCUAUUCAUCCUUCGACGCCUUGAAUGAUAUUCUGGACAGGCAAUAAAUUGGUAGUUGACACGCAGCGGGUAUACCCAGUAAGAGGAGGUUUGCAUGAUUCCUUUCCGUCUUUGAUUUGUAAAGUUUCGUCUUAUGAUCCGAGAGCAUCUCUUCGAACCUGGACACGUCUUAGCCGCUCCCCUCGGCGACGCAAGGCCCAAGUGCUUAACUUUGCAUGAAAAGCACUUCAAAGUGGAAGGAGACAUUUUCAUUUCCUUAUUUGUAGACUUUAUAAGGUUUACGGUAGUAUCAGUAAUCGUUUUGUUUUAUUGAAAGCAAAAAGGAAUUGCUGAUUUUUGCCGUGUGAUUGGAUGUGCUCUAGUGCAGCAAAGGGUUGCCGACCAAAAGGGGGUUCAUGUAUAAAAUUCAUUUACAAUUCAGUAUAUAAUUACACAGAUAAUUUUUAAAUAUAAUCAAUAAUAAAAAGACUGGUCUGUGGAUGGUAGUGUUUAAUACAUUUUAUAUUUUGUAUAGUGAUUACAAGCCUUUGUUCCCUUAAAAUCAGCAGCUACUUAGCAUAAUUCUUAGAGUUAUUUUGUCUUUUGCUCCAAUACAUUUUUCGUGCACGCUUUUUGUGAUCUGUGUUAAAAACCUACAUUGCCAACAUUGCAGCUUGAACCUAAACUUGUUAUUCAAAUAAAUAUUUAAUUUUUUUUAUUGCUCUUGUAUAAGUGGACCCCUUUUUAGUUUUGUCUUGGAGGAUCAGAAGAGGUUUUGUUUGGAACAGUUGGUGAUGAACUGAAUUGUAAUUUUCUUGUUUAAUGGUGUUUAACCUGGGUGAAGCUAUAGUUGACUAAAAUUCAUGUCAAGAGGAUAAAUUGUUUUUUU